AUGAUUAUAACGAUAAUUCCCUUUCUUCUUGUUUUUCUACCGGGUAAACACUGCGGAGAUCUCGAAAUUUCGGAAAGGGAGCGGCAAGGUAUUCAAAUGUUGGAGCAGAUUAAGGGUCAGCGCUUGACAGCUGGACAUCCACAAUUCUUCGAUCGAAAUCUGGAACUUAAUGCGAGUUUUCCUGCGUAUAUCUACGGAAAGGACUCCAUAAACCUGUGGAUUCACUGGAUGAGCUCACUACCACCGCUCCUUAACUGCUAUCUUAUCGUCGAUGGGCUUCUCAGCGGCGAAAUCGCUUCUACGGAUCUGACGAAUCAGCUAUUAGAUCGGGAUAUCGAUUUUGAUAGGAUUUCAAGUUUCUACAAAACAAAAUCUAUUGGCGGAUGGGAUGAGCAGAGAGCUUUCGAGGAGAUUGUCGGGAAAAGGAAGAACACUAAAGUUUAUAAGGAUAGAGAAGAAGCUGUAAAUUUACUUAAGAAGCUCCCACAUCUUCAACUACAGCGAGAAUCACUGAAAAAGAUCACCACCUCGCUGGAUGCUUUUUUGCAUUUAUUUCAUGAUCUCCAAUCUCUCAUGAAACCAAAAUACGGAUGGGAGGCAACAUGGGGCCUGAAAAAUCGCCUGAAAAAUUUCCGUGAUUUUCUCUCGCCACUCAAUGAUCUAGCUCCCAGUCCUACUGCGAUUUCCGAGGAGAAUUUGCAAAAACUGAAAAAAUGGUUUGAAGAACGGAACUAUGAAACGGUCGAAGAGGUUGGCGCCUACUACAGAAAUUUCUUUCCGGAACGAGCCAAGAAAGAAUUCGCAUUGCUCCAUCAAGAUCCAUUUUAUCUCUUCAAACUCGCUACGACUAUAAUGAAAAAUGAAAGUAAAAGUGUUCGAGACUUCUUGUCAGUGGGAAGACUGAACAAUUUCGAAGCGGCGUUGAGUGAUUUAGAAAUGAUUCGCGACACCAAUACGACACUGGGGCUUUCAAAUUGGGUGCGAAAUGUCAGGGACGUUAUUCGUAGUAUUCAAUCCUCGGAUACGCAUUCUUCCAGGCCAUCAGGCAAUUUUCUUUUGGGUCUCCCUAAACGAGAAGAAAGUAUUCGAGAGUCCAUAAAAGAGCAGAGCAAUUAUUGGAUAAAAAGCGUUUCUGGCAAAGGAUCAAUUCAAUUCCUGCAUCCAUUGAAUAAGUUUUUGGAAUACUAUGUGGAAUUCGAAUUUGCGAUGCAAAAAAUCCUAAACAACACGGAAAAAUAUCAUAAAAAUAUCGAAUAUAUCGAUAAAUAUCUAUCAGAAGUUAAUCAAAUUCGGGAAAAUCUGCCAAAGGAUAACCUCAACAGCAUUGUUGAGAGCUUCUCGGAAUGUUUGAAAACUUUCAAGAGCCCUGAGCAGCUGGACGCUGCGCAUGAAACCAUUUCUAUGUAUCGCUCCGGUUUUGAAGAGCUAAACAAGACACUUGUACACACCGCACAGCCUUGCAUUACGUUAAGACGUUGCGGAGACGAGCGUAUUCUCGAAGCAUUCAAACAUCAAACCGAUCAAAAUAUCGUGGAAACUCUUCAAAAAACACUGUAGUAUAUAGAUUUCGAUAACCUGACGAUGAUGAUAGAUGAUAUCGAAAAGUUUCCCGAGAAUUUUUGUAUGGUACCCUCAAAACUAUACAAAAAAUUUCAAGAAAGAAAAACCAAAUUCGAGGAAAUCUACGCCAGCAUGAUAAACGUUUUAACAAAAAUCAACGAGUCUAACUUCGUAUCCUCAUUGGAAUGUGUUGCUCGAAACGAAAAACACCAACAUAUGCAAUUUCUUGUGGCUAGCUCGGAAGAUGUCUGGAAUUACGGGGAUCUUGAGAAGAUCUGGGAGGCAGUGUACACUCUACAAGAGUUUCUACCAACUGAAGGAAUCGUUGGAGAGUUGCUACGUGCGAAGGAUAUUCUAGGAGAAUUCAAGUUAAACGAGAAAUAUCAGCUUUCGGGGUUCGAGUUGCAAGAUGUUGUGGUUUUGAAGGAAGGACUCGAUGCAAUCAGAGAAUUGGCAAUAUUCUACGAUUUGAAGAGCUCAAUAGACACGCUGGAGCACAAUCUAAAAACGACUGGCUUCAAAAGCGGAGCUGGAGCCGAAACUGACGAGCUUCGAAGUGAUUGGAACGAUAUUUAUCAGAAUUUCAAUAGAUUUCUCGACAACCUCGUGCCACUGGAAUAUCGAUUAUAUUCUCCGCCGAAACGAGAGAAUUUAACAGAUCAUGUCAAGACGAUUAGCAUGAUUAUUACAAUGAAAAAACCAAAUUUUAAAGUUAAAUCAAUUACGGAUCUAUUGAACACUCCGUAUUCUCUCCACCAGCAUGAUAUUGGAAAUUUGAAUCGGCUUCAGCAAUUUUCGGAGGAAUACGAUGGAAAUAUCGGGAAAUUGAUUGCGAUGAGCUCGGUUCUUAUGAAAAUGAACAAUUGGUUCGAAAAAAUUCGGGAAACGAGUGUUGGAGAGGAGAAUCUGGAUCCAAUGGAUUACUGUACUUGUCAGGAGGAUGAAAUUCUCCCGGAAGACCCUUGCUUCAAAGUCUGCGAUAUAACCGAAGAGCUGAAAAUGAUCCAGCAACAAAAAAAUGGGAAAAAGCUAUGGAUUUUUGAGAAAAUACCCACGUGGCAACUCGGAAUUCUCUCGUUCGGCUCGAUUUCCACGAUUUUCAUCCUAAACCACUGGAUUCGGGGAGAUGGUUUUUGA